AUGCGCUUUAAGGCAUCGAUACAGAGUAUCAAUACCUUCACGAAGCUCACCGCAUCCCUGAAUUCGCUAGGCCCCCUCGCUUGGGUGAAGCUCAGCGAAGAGCAAGUAUGCUUUACCAUUAUCCCCGAGCAAGGCACGCAAGUGUGGGCUGUUCUUCACAUUGACGCCAUCUUCGAAACCAUCAGCGUCCAAUCCGCCGCCAACAACGUCAUAAAUCUCGAAGUGCCCUUGGUAGCCUUGAAUCGCGCCCUCAAAUCCGCUGUCAACGCUACAUCUGCAAAUAUACGGCUUACUAAGAAAGACAACCUGCCUGUCCUCGCCCUCACAAUCGUCACGACCACAUCUUCAAACUCGCAUAGCGCUAUCCCCACCGCCACGAACAACGACGAUGGCUUCGACCCCUCUUUCGAACAGGACUUCGGCGGCAACCGCGAUACCAUCGUGACGCAGGAAAUCCCCGUGCGCGUGCUCGCACCCGAUGUCGUAGCUAGUCUACACGAGCCCCAAACCAGGGAACCAGACGUACACAUCAUGCUGCCUCCGCUCAUGCAACUCAAAUCUAUAUCCGACCGCUUCACCAAGAUUGCACUCGGCGAUGGGAAGACGACAAAGACGCGGCUGGAGUUGGCGGCGAAUAUGCACGGCUGCUUGAAAAUGAGCAUUCGUACCGAUGCGAUGAACAUCAGCAGCGUCUGGACGGAUCUGAACAAUCCGGAUCUGGACCCUAAUCAGGUCGAGGGCGGGGAGGAUGGCAUUGCAGUGCAUCCGAGUGAGCGCAUGAAGCUAGUGGGAAGUGCGGAUGGAAGGAGCGAAGAGGGAUGGGCGAUGGUUUCAUCAAUGAACAUGCGCUGA